ACCCGGAGCGAUUUGCGCGCUGCACCGCGGCAAGAUGGCGGACCGGGAGGAGGCGCUGAGGGAGUUCGUUGCCGUGACGGGCGCUGAGGAGGAGCGAGCGCGGUUUUUCCUCGAGUCCGCCGGUUGGGACCUCCAGAUCGCCCUUGCCAGUUUCUAUGAGGAUGGGGGUGAUGAGGACAUCCUGACCCUCCCCCAGCCGGCACCCAGCUCUGUAUCCAGAGGCACUGCAGCCAGUGACCAUCGAGUAACGUCGUUUAGAGACCUUGUUCAUGCACAGGAGGAUGAUGAUGAAGAAGAAGAGGGACAGCGGUUUUAUGCUGGUGGCUCAGAGAGAAGUGGACAGCAGAUUGUUGGUCCUCCAAGGAAGAAGAGUCCCAAUGAGCUGGUGGAGGAUCUGUUCAAAGGAGCAAAGGAGCACGGUGCAGUGGCAGUUGAUCGGACAGCCAAAAGCAGUGGCGAGAGUAGCAAGCCUAAACCUUUUGCAGGGGGAGGAUAUCGCCUUGGAGCUACUCCAGAGGAAGAGUCUGCCUAUGUGGCAGGAGAGAGGAGACAGAACUCUGUUCAGGAUGUGCAUGUUGUACUGAAGCUCUGGAAGAGUGGAUUCAGUCUGGACAGUGGAGAAUUGAGAAGCUACCAGGAUCCAUCCAAUGCCCAGUUCCUUGAUGAUAUCCGCCGAGGGGAAGUCCCAGCAGAGCUGCGCAGGUUAGCGCGAGGCGGGCAAGUGAACCUGGAUAUGGAGGAUCACCGUGAUGAGGAGUAUGUGAAACCUAAAAGUGUCUUCAAAGCUUUUACUGGAGAAGGACAGAAACUGGGCAGCACUGCCCCUCAGGUGUUGAGCACCAGCUCCCCAGCCCAGCAGGCAGAGAAUGAAGCCAAAGCCAGUUCUGCCAUUGCUAUUGAUGAGUCGGAGCCUGUCACCAACAUCCAGAUCCGGCUCGCUGAUGGUGGGCGACUGGUCCAGAAAUUUAAUCACAAUCACAGGAUCCGUGACAUCCGGCUCUUCAUAGUAGAUGCCCGGCCAGCAAUGGCAGCAACCAGUUUCGUCCUCAUGACCACCUUCCCAAAUAAAGAGCUGACUGAUGAGAACCAGACCCUGAAAGAAGCCAACCUGCUGAAUGCUGUCAUUGUUCAGAGGUUAACAUAAAGGAACCCGUGUCUCGCUACACGCCUGCUCGCAGUGCGCAUGCAUCGUCUCAGCCUUGCGUGCACCUGCAGUGUGCAAACACAGGCUCACAUCUACUUGUAGCUCUGGGUUCUUAGGUCUUGGUUGGACUCUCUUCUCUUUAGUUGCAUUUCCUAUGGUUUUUUUUUGUUUGGUUUUUUUUUUUUUUUUUUUUGUGAUGAUCAGUGGACUUGAAAAUAAAUAAAGGAAACGAACCUGUUUUCAAAGGAGAUGCAGCCUAUUGAGCCACAGAUUCUCCCAGGAGAGUUCAGUUACCUUUGUGGAAUGUGUUUCUGUGCUCUUUAGAGGGGAAGAAGGUAAGGGGGAAGGGAGUUCCCAGGGAGCAGUUUCCCUCUGUGCCAAUCAGAUGCUCUUUGCAGUCUGUUACUCUUUCCUCUCCAGGGACUGCUGCAACACUUUUUGCACAUUAAAUAUAAAGAUACAAGAACGGGUGAUGUUGCUGUCAGGAUAAUGGUUAAUGUUACUGUGAAAGCACUGUGAGGGAAAUCUUUGUGAUACAGUUGUUGCUCAGCGUGGGGAAAGCUGAUUUGUGUGUGUGCAGGUGCAAAGGUUAGCACUGCUGGGCUGUUCUGGAGGGAAAGUCCUGAUGUUCCUUCCUUCAGCAGAACACUUAAGGUGUUUGUUACAGUUCCCACCUGCUCUGCCAGCACUUUCUCCUGCAGUUCAGACUGACUGACUGCAGGUUUUAAUUUGCUGUAUUGCAUUUCUUUGAGGAAACCCAACUUCCUGCUGAUUUUUUUGUUCUAAGGAAGGCACAAAGCUGAAUCAGCUUCAAAUGACUGAAACUACAAGGCAAACAGUAUCUUACUGGAAAGCAGAUUUUAUUUUAAGAUGAGUGAUUGAGUGUUUGAAACAGUUCAGGUGAAAAACUCGAGGCUGUAGUACCCUUUGAUUUAUUUCCUUUGCUGAGCACCACAUAGCUGAACACCUGGAAUGCUCCAGCUUUGGUCUGUCCACUGUUUUGGACUCAGGUCUCCAUUUCUUUCCUUUGGACAGAAUGCUGUGGGUGAAUUCACUGCUCAUGAGCAAGGGUCUGGUAGUGCUGGUACAGCAUUGUGUGUGCAAGUUGCCAUCUAGUGUUGUGCCACGGCACUUCUCACUGAUCUCCAACAUGCUUUCUAUCCCAGCCCUGUGCUUUGGAGCAAAACUUCAGAAGACAGUAGGCAUUUAGAUAUCAGCUAGCAAUGACAUCUGCAUUGUCCUUUGGAAAAGGUUGGGUUGCAGCUGUGGUGCAGUCCUGUUCAUUCCCUGCCUCUGUCAGCUGUGUGGAUGCUGUGCUGGGAGCACAUCUCGUGCUCUGCAGCUUCAGGUCCUUGCCUUGCUGUGAGCAGUGAGCUCUGGGUGCGUGCAGCUGGGAGGGCUGGCAGGUUGGGCAGGUUCAGCACGAGGAACUCGCUUGGCUGGGUGUACUAAUGCAGAACUGCAGGCAGCAGAGCUCAGCAAGGGCUUUUCUACAGCAAGUUGAAUUAACGUAGAUUUUUCAUUACUAAGUGGACAUAUAAUGUGCGUAACAGCAUAUUUGUAAAUUAUUGUGAAAACAACCAUUAAAGGCCCGGAAAACAGGAAAACAGCAUCUGACCCUUUCUAACGAUGGCUACCAUCUGUUCUUGUUUUGGAUGAUGUGUGUGCUGCCAGCUAGUCUUACAGCUUUGGGUUCCCCAGCUAGCAGCCUUCCCAGCGUGGAGAUGCCUUCAGCUAAAUGAGAUUAAAAGCCUCGGGGUGGUUCUGUAAGCCAUUUACUGGCAGUGAACGCGGGUUUUCACAACCUGCAGCACUGGAUGCGCUCCGUCGUGAUCACUGAGUCACCUGCGGGACCCAGCGGGAGGGAAUUCAGGGCGUUUCUACCGCUUCCCCGAGCAGCAUAUCGCGAUACCUGACCGCUUUUUGGAGAAGAAACUGUUCCGAGUAUCCAACGUGCGCCUCCCCAGGGGGCUCCCAGCCCAGUGGAGCCUUUUCCCCCGGGGCCGGAUGGUGGCAGUGCUGCCGAGGUCGGUGCCGGAGCUGCGUUCCGCUCCCCUCCAGCAUGGCGCUGCCCCGGGGCUCUGCGCUGCUCCGAGGACUGUUUCGCUUUGGGAUCUUUUUUUCUCAUUCCUCCCCCCAUAAAGGACUUCUUUCUGCGUCUUUGCAGACUUCCACACCUCCAUGUUGAGGCAGAACUCUGUAUUUCACGUGAAAAAGUGCUUCUUUUCAAUUCCCGUGUAAGAUGCAGCUCGGCUUUAUAACUGUGCUCUGAUGUCUUUCUCUGUAAUUGAGUUUUUCACAGAAUGCUGCGUUUUAGCAACUUUCCCUUCCUCCGACUGGUAUCUGUAGGACUUUUUUUAUUCUUCCCCAUUCUACGUAGUUUGUUGUUUCCUCCUCUUCCUUUUCACGUCUGCAUUGCCAAGUCCCACAGAAGUGCCUUCUGAUUGUGUUUCCUCUCCAAAGCUUUGCACAACUUCCUGGGAACUGAGCCUGCUCUCUGUAACGCUGUGUUUGCUGUUAGAUGUUUCCUGCUCCACGUUUCCUGCCAGUCUUGGAGCUUCUGCUCUUCCAGUGCCUCUGCUCAGGGAGUGCUUCAGUGCCCCGGUGUGGGCAUAACCCAUAUCUAGGUGUAGGCACACACAUUUCCAGGUGCAGCUACUGCAGUUUCUAGGUAUUGCUGUGCUUCCUGCUGCUCGUCUGGGUGAACCAUUCACAGCCCAGAUUGCUGCUUGGCUGCCUUGUGUCAGCACAGAGCUCAGGCAGCUUAGCUGCUAUGGGAAAUGGAAGCAGUGACAGGAGAUAGGAAGCAAGAAGUCCCAGAGGGCCCACCCAUGGCUAGAAAAGGGUGUCUGUAUAUGUAUAUAUACAUAUAUUUAUGUAUAUAUACUUGUUGCCUUUGUUUCUAAUCAAUUAUUUAAUUCAGUAUUGGCUCCCCAGUGCUGGAUGUCACUAAAUCUUUCCAGGAAGAGGACACAACCUUCAUGCAAUGACAUAUUGUUGGGUGGGUCUGCAGAACCCUGCUGCAUUUAUUUGGAGCUGUGAUUAAAAGGUGCUCCUGGGGUGAUUUCGGAUGUUCUGUUGGGAGUGCUUUCCUUUGAAAGCAGCACUGCUUUCCAUCCUUUGUUAUCAAGAACAAGGACCUUGAGCUGAUGUUUCUUGAAUGUUACCGUGGAGAACUGGCCUGGAGGAUUGGUGCUGCAGUCGCAUUAAAGAUGAUGUACAGGGUUUUCUUCAAAGCCUGCCACCACAGGAGAGGCUGGGAUACCUGUGUUGGAGCCUGGGGCAGCAGCAGGCCUGUGUCUCACUGCUGAGUUUAGAAAGAGUGAUGAUGCUAUCUCGUACAGCUUGCAAACGGUCUCCUUUCUGGUGGUGAGCCAGAAUGCUUACAGCUGGAGAUUGGCAAUUUCAAAGGGCAGAUUUCAUGGCACAACAAGGUUACUUUUCCUACCAGCCUGGGCGUUCACACUGGUGCUCGUACCUCAACUACAUGGCACCAUGCAGGUGAGCUGCAGAACCAUGGAGAUCACAGAAUUGCCA